CACGUGGCAUGGUCCUUCCUUCGAUGCGUCUUCCCUCCUCUCCCUCAACGUGUCCCCUCCAUUCCUUCUCAUCUCUCUUCCUCCCUGUCUACUUAUUAUUAUUGUUUUCUAUGGAUUCUUUUCUCCAUUUUUGAUCCUUCUUUAUUGUUGGUUAUAUCUAUCUUCAUUGUUUCAUAGUUGCAGAGUCCAAUGGUGAGAGUAAAGGAUUUUGUUUUAACAGAGAAAAUAUUCUUGAAAUAUGGAGGGACGUUUGAUUGGUGGGAUGAGAUUGAUGGAUCAGAGGAAUGGCAGAGAUUCAUUUUCUACCUGUUAUGUGCUUCCUAUGCUUUCGUUUCCUUUGUCGCCCUGGUACAACUAUGCCGAAUUCAAUUAAGAGUGCCAGAGUAUGGGUGGACAACACAAAAGGUUUUCCACUUAAUGAACUUUAUUGUGAAUGGAUUGAGGGCUGUUCUCUUCGGUUUCUACAAGAGUGUGUUUCUUGUUAAAUCCAAGGCACUUGAGAUAGUGCUUCUGGAUCUUCCUGGUCUUCUGUUUUUUUCAACAUAUACCUUGCUUGUCCUUUUCUGGGCUGAGAUAUAUUACCAGGCAAGAAGUCUUCCUAUCAAUAAACUUAGGCCUGCCUAUUAUAGCAUCAAUGGAUUUGUAUACUUUGCUCAGGCAUGCAUAUGGAUUGCUGUAAGAUUAAGUCAGAGCCUGCUUGCAGUCGAAAUUGCUAGACUCUUCAUUUCAGUUAUUUCAUUAUGUGCUGCAUUGGGCUUCAUGAUAUACGGUGGGAGGUUGUUCUUCAUGUUAAGACGAUUCCCUAUUGAAUCCAGAGGCCGUCAAAAAAAGCUGCUUGAGGUUGGCUGCGUUACAGGGAUCUGCUGUACUUGCUUCUUGAUAAGAUGCUUUGUGGUUACGCUCUCGGCCUUUGACAAGAAUGCAGAUCUUGAUGUUCUAGAUCAUCCAAUCCUAAAUCUUAUCUAUUACAUGUUAGUAGAAAUUCUUCCAUCAGCCUUGGUGCUCUUCAUCCUUCGGAAAUUGCCUCCAAAGCGCGUAUCCGAUCAGUAUCACCCCAUUAGAUGAAGAGCUGAAUGCAUUUCUAACUGCAACUUCAAAAUCAAAUGCUGUGGGAAACUCAGUAAGCUGCUUGAUCCAUGGUCUAGAUUUCCUCAGUCACAGGACUUACAUUCUCUCUCCUCUUCCUCAUGUUUAUUUACUCAACUAUUUUCUCAACAGAAUCCACUUCAUUAACUUUUCGCUACUAUCAUUUAAAAGUGGCAAGAGAAUUUAACAUGUAUAGUUUUCGCAAUUCAUAAAGGCAGCAGGAGC